CACACAGUCACGCACUGAAACCGUUUUUUCUCUCUCUCCCAAUACUCAGUACACACACUUCACCGACGAGUGCGAGAGAGCUUUACAUUCGUUUAGCCCCAAAUUCUCAUAAAUUCUUCAUUGAAACUCCAUUUUUCAAUCUUUCUGCUUUCCGUUUUCUUUUCACCGAAGAUUAUUGUUUACAAGUCGAGCAGAGUCGGUUGUAUUUCCACAUUUUGGUCGAUCAGAUAGUUUCCAGCUUAGACAGAAAGUAAAAAUCACAGAGAAUUUGGAUCUUUCCUCGAGUCUUUCUAGGACUAAUGGCCAAGAAUUCGGUACGUUUCUGUCUCGUCUUUGUGUUGUUCUUAGCGGUUUGGUCAUUGAAGGUUUUAGCUGGAACUGAUGAUCUUGAUGUUCAAGCACUUCGAUCUGUGUACAAUGGCCUGAAUAGACCACCGCAGUUGAAAGGGUGGACGUCAGAAGGAGGCGACCCUUGUGGCGAAUCAUGGACGGGAGUUUCAUGCAAUGGAUCCUCCGUGAACUUCAUCCAACUUCCUGGAUUAGAGCUUACUGGUAAUAUCGGGAUUGACCUCUUCAACUUAAAGAACUUGAAGCAGUUGGAUUUAAGCUCCAACAAGAUUCAGGGUGAGAUUCCACUGGGCUUACCCAUUAAUGUCACUGACUUGAACCUGUCUAGCAAUAACCUCAGCCAAAACAUUCCAUACUCUUUGAUUUACAUGAAAAAUCUGAGGCAUCUGAAUCUGAGCCACAAUGAACUAUCAGGAAUAUUGGGAGAUUUCUUCACUGGACUCGAGAAUCUGAUAGAGAUGGACUUGUCACACAAUAACAUCACCGGGGAUCUACCAAGUUCUUUUGCAUCUUUGACGAAUCUUUCUAAAUUGUAUUUGCAAGGAAAUGCUUUUACUGGAUCAGUAUUGUAUCUGGCUAAGCUCCCCCUCACGGACUUGAACAUUGAGGAUAACAAUUUUAGUGGUGUUAUUCCGGAGGAAUUCCAACAAAUAAAAAACUUGCGUUUUGGUGGUAAUAAGUUUCAUAGAGGAGAUAACUACCCAGAAUGGAAGUAUCCCCUUGACACUUUGCCUUAUGAGGAGAAUAUAAGUAGUCCACCAAAUGCAGCAAGCAAUGCAAUAGAAACCUAUCCUACUAAGAAAUUCAAAGGACAGAAGAAAAGAAGAAUGGGGGGCACAACAGCUUUUCUGGUUGGUGGAGGCACUCUUCUGGCGGCAUUUGCAGGAAUUGCUGCUGCAGUAAUUCAUAUUCGGCGAAGUCAAACAUUGAAGGGGGAAUGUAGGCAAAGCUCACUGAUGUCUCUUGCAACUAGUUCCAGCAGAGAAUGUUCUUCUACAGCUGCUGAAUGUAGUCCACAUUUAUCUUUGAUCAACUCCCCUCCAGGAUAUAAAUCCUGGCGUUUACACUCUGUUCAAACUAAACCAUUCAAAGUUGCCAGAAGAAGCUUCUCUACGAGAAACAUGGUACCAAUUAGUGUAAAACUUUUCAGCGCAGCAGAACUUCAAUUAGCCACAAACAACUUCAGCCCAGAUCAUCUCCUUGGACAUGGAUCCCUUGGAUCUGUUUACAGAGCAGAAUCGUCAGAUGGAGAAAUGAUGGCCGUGAAGAGCAUUGAAAUGGUGGAACUGUCUCUCAAUGAAGAGGAAAGAUUCUUGAAUGUUGUACGACAGGUGGCCAAAUUGAGGCACCCCAACGUUGUAACACUUCUCGGUUAUUGUACAGAGCAUGGAUCACAUCACCUUGUAUACGAAUAUGUCAGGAAUUUUUCACUAGAUGAAGCCUUGCAUGACUCAGGAUCAACACCUCUAGCUUGGGGCCUCCGCCUUCGAAUCGCUCUUGGAAUAGCCCGCGGAAUAAAUUACUUGCAUUCCUCCUGCAUGCCGCCAGUUGCCCAUAGCAACUUGAAGGCUUCCAACAUCUUGCUUGAUGAAGAUAUGAGGCCAAGGAUAAGUGAUGGUGGUCUAGCUAUCUUGAGAUCCCUCUCAAGCAACAGUGUAAAACUCAAGGCUUCUGAAAUGGCUAUAUCUGAUAGAGGCUACAUUGCUCCUGAAAAUGUUCCAAGUGGUGAUAACCUAAAGGGAGAUGUGUAUGCAUUUGGCGUGUUACUUUUGGAGCUGUUAACAGGAAGGCUACCUUUCGAUAGUUCAAAACCAACUGGAGAGCAGUUCCUGGCGAGAUGGGCAUCAAAAAGGCUUCAUGACAGUGACUACCUGGAACAGAUGGUUGAUCCAGCCAUUAAACUAACAAUCCCUUCUCAGGGCCUUUCUCACUUUGCUGACAUUGUCUCACUCUGUAUUCAGCCUGAGAGGGAAUUCCGUCCGGCAAUGUCCGAAGUUGUAGAGUCAUUGUUACUUUUGCUACAAAAGCAGGCCUCGACAACCAGUAGAUCACUUGCAGGAGAGAGUAGUGAAGUCGAUCCAUUCAAUCAAUCAAACCGGUCUUACGAUUCCAGAUUCUGUGGCUCACCAUCGCUGAGCUACUAUUCCAUUUAA